AUGCCCUCCAACGGAGUCUCGCGUGCUCCGGCACUCAGCAUGCCAACAUACCCCAGUAACUGCCUGGAGUUUGCUAGGCCGUUUUUGACCCCGGAAACCAGUGAGUCUGACUGCGGCGUGGACAAGGCCAAAGUGUCUUUAAAUGUCCUCCUUGUCGGUGCUGGUCUGGGAGGCCUUGCCACAGCCAUCGCGCUCACACAAAGUGGCCACAAAGUAACGAUCUACGAGCAGACUCCCGUGCUUGGAGAGGUGGGAGCUGGUAUUCAAGUUCCAUCUAAUUCUACCAGAGCCCUUUUUAAGCUAAAGCUAAAACCAUACCUGAAGCCCUAUGUGACUGAACCUGAAUCCAUUUCUUUUAGAAGAUGGCAGAGCGGCAAGGUCAUUGGUAGCACAAAAUUAGUCCCUGAUUUCACAGAGAACUUCGGUACCCCCUACUAUGUGAUCCACAGAGCCGACUUCCAUUCUGCUAUGUGCCAAAAGGUGCAGGAUAUGGGAAUUGAAAUCAAGUUGGGGGCGAGAGUUGAAAACUACAAUCCGGUUGCGGGAAGCAUCACGCUUGCUGAUGGCACAACUUACUAUGGAGAUCUGGUGGUUGCUGUUGAUGGUUGGUCGCAUGCUCAGAGCUAUUUGAGAAUUACCCUGACCUUCAUCGCUACAGGAAUCAAGUCUGUUGCUCGCAAAAUGGUGCUCGGCGGAAAGGAUAUGGCCUUUCGCCGGCCUGGUUUUGCUGCUUACCGCGCCACAGUAGACGUGGAGCGGAUGCGAAAUGAUCCCGAGGUCUCGUGGAUUCUCGAGAGACCGGCUCUGAAUAUCUGGAUUGGUAAUUUGAGACACGUCAUGACCUAUACCAUUGGGGCGGGCAAGGCCUUCAACAUGGUGCUAUCUCAUCCAGACACCACUGACCCAUCUACGUGGGACCCGGUCAAGGCUGUUGACGAUAUGAAGGCUGAGUUCGAAGGCUGGGAUCCAGUACUUACCAGGAUUAUUGGCAUGGUAGAAAAGACACUCAAGUGGCCUCUCAUCAGCGGUUCUGUUCUCGACAGAUGGGUGUCGGAUAGACUUGUUAUCCUGGGAGACGCUGCACACGCCAUGUUGCCAUACAUGUCGCAAGGCGCUGCAAUGGCUGUCGAAGACGGAUUGGCCCUCUGCCGGUCUUUGUCUAAGAUCACCAGCAACGAACAGCUAGCAAAGAGUCUUUCCAUUUUCGAGAAGGUCCGGAUGCAGCGUGCCGGUCAGAUGCAGGAGGCUAGUAUGCUCAACAGCCACCUGUGGCAUUUCCCGGAUGGCCCGUUGCAGGAGGCGAGAGAUGCGGCAAUGGUUCCUGAAGUGGAGGGCCGCCCAUUCAGCCACAGCCCUAAUCAGUGGAGCGACCCUGCGACUCAGAUGUGGUGUUAUGGAUAUGAUACUGAGAAAGCCAUUGAUGAGGCAUGGGAAGCAGAGUUGACUAAUGAUGCUUAA